CCGAGAUCUCGUGGCAUUCAUUUCUCUCUCGAGCCGCGUUGCAACACGCCUGACUUCUGAAGCGAGCAUUUGAGGCUUUCUCUUAUGUGCAAUUGAGGUUGUGUAGAUAGUUUCUGGAAGGGAUUAAGUGGAAGGAUCAAAGCGCUUGAGUGGCGCAGAAACCGCCAUAGUUGCGGAGUGUUGAGUUACUUGGUUUUUGGAAGAACGAGUGGAAGGAUCAAGACACGCCCGGUGCUGUGGGGUGUGAUUGUUGGACGAUUUGGAGUUUUUAAUUCGCUUGGAGUUUUUAAUUCUCUCGAACAUGUCAAGGCCCAUCUGAGGCUCAGCCUACUGCUAUCUUGGAACCCCUGAUUGCCUCGCUUUGUCGCUCUUGGCGUGCGUUUUCCGUGCCAGCGCUCUGCUUUAGUCCGGUUCACUGGGGGACUGUUUUUGUUUGGCAGAGGCGUACAGAUCCACACGGUGCCUUGGGCGGGAUUUUGUGCUCGGGACGGUGCAUCUGUUUGGCCUUGUCAAGGGAGGGGUGGCAGCUGAAGUGUACCACGCUUUUGGAAGUGCUGACGGCCAAGCCUUGGAAGUGUCUCGACCUACUGGUUUGAUUUAGUGUUUCGUUGGAGCACUAGAGCUCGUACCUAAGUUCUUGUGUUUGAGAACUAGACAUUGUGUUGAAGCCGUCUUUCUCGGAAGUUUUUGUAAAAUGGACUCCGCCGUGUUUCUUGCUGGUCAGCAGUCCGGUUAUGGAGUUUUCAGAGAGUUUUCAGUUCCUCAGAAACGGCAGUGGAGAAGUAGCGGCCAAAACUUACGUCCCCGGAAGAGGAACAAGACGUCACAUCGCGGGGGCGGGGUUUCUGCAACAGGCAGAAGCUACGAUCCCCUGAGGCUGUCGGAGUUGCAGCGUCUUAACAAAAUCAGAACGUGCAAGCAUUUCCCGAAGCGGAGAAAGAGCGUCGCACGGGUUCCUCCAAGGGCACCAUUCAACGACAGCUCCUACUUGAUGAGAGUUCGUCAGUCGGGAGGCCUGGCCUCUUCCCCUUCCCCUGCCACUCCUGCUACUCCCGCUUUUGUGUCCACCCCUGUGUUUGCUUCCCCUGCUCCUCAGUUUCAGUUCAGAGAGGGUCCCGAGGGAUUUCCUGAAGAUUAUGGCUAUGGUUCGAUGGAAGGUCUUAUUCACCUUAAAGCAGGCUCUGAUGAACCUUCGCAUGUCAGUAGCCGUUCUAACAAUGAUGUCGAGGCGGAUGUCAAAGAUUAUGGCUAUGGAUCUAUGGAAGGUCUUAUUCGCCUUAGAUCACGUCCUGAUGAACCUACGCUCACCAGUAGCCAUAGACUCAGUCCAGGUGAUUUGCAAUCUCGUCCCCAUUCAGUUCAGCAAGUAGAGCAGCAACUGGACCAUGAUGUCAGCCGUUUUGAAAUGACUUUGCCUCCAGGGAAUGGCCUCGGUCGCAGGAGACAGCUUAUGGAGGCCCGGCUUGCAGAGCAGGAGAGCCACAUAGCGUAUUUGGAGGAUGAGAACUUAACAUUGAAGGAGCGACUCUUUUUGGCGCAUCAAGAAGCUAACGAACUUAGGCUAAGAUUUCAGAGAAGUGGUUCUUGUUUCAGUGUCGUUGAUGAGCAUGACGACGCUUGUUCUGACUAUGCCAGUUCAGAUUGAUCAGGCAAUCAUGUACAUUGAUGUUAUAUCUCGUUUGUGUUGUUGACCGAUUGAGGUAGCCAUCGCCAUGGAGCUGCUGGGAAGGUGUAAUGCGCUUGAGCGAGCUUCCGUCGCCAAAUGGGAGGCUUGGAUUGCAGUGGAUGUACACUCACUAUUCUCCAGGACAGCAGUUGUUUCAAAGGAACUUAACGUGUCGAGGUUGUUUGAGUGUGGAGUUCCGGCAUUGUAUGGGCUUCAGAAAACCUGGAAGUGCCGCGCAUGUGGGCUUUGGAUCCGCGGAAGAUGGAGCAGCGCAAUUGCCAUGCAGAGGCCCAGUUGUGUAGAGAUUGAAUUUCUUAAAGGAGCUCCAGUGAAAGAACGCGGCCCUGAAUCACUGUACAGAUUCUUUCGUUUCACGAUGUGAAACUUGACAUUCGAGGACAAUGUACUUUUGAUUACUUCAGUUGCAAUAAAACUUGACGUUCAAAUGUGA